AUGGGUGGCGAUCUGAACUUGAAGAAGUCAUGGCACCCCGUGCUCAUGUCCAACCAGAAGCGCGUCUGGGAAGAAGAGAAGAAGGCUCUGGAUGAGCGCAAAAAGAUCGACCAGGUGCUCAAGGAGCGCGCUGAGGAACGUCAAAUCCAGGAACUACAACAGAUGCAAGAGGCUGCUGGCGGCCGGAAGCGUGUCGACCGAGUAGACUGGAUGUACGGCGGCCCCGCAGAUGGUCAGAAAGGAACGACUGAAGAGAUGGAGGGAUACCUGCUUGGAAAGAGGAGGCUGGACGGACUUGUCAAGAGAGAUGCAACCGAGGCCAUGCAACAAGCUGCUGCUGUAGGUCCCUCAGCUCUGCAGAUCGCCAACAAGCAGAGGGACACAGCGACCAAAGUUCGCAACGACCCCAUGCUGGCCAUCAAACAANCAAGAGCAAGCCGCUUUGGAAGCCAUGAUGAGCGAUCCCACCAAGCGUCGAGCUCUGCUCAAGGCUGCCGGCAAGGACGAGGACGACUCCAAACGCAGCCAUCGCAAACACCGCCACAGAGACGAUNNGAACACCGCAGCAAGCGCAGACGCCAUGAUGAUUACAGCGACGACGAGAGACGUUCAUCCCACAAGCAUCGAUCACACCGCCGACGCUCGCCCUCAUACUCUCGCUCACGAUCACCUGAACGCAGGAGGAGAGAUGACAGACACGACGACAAACGCGAUGGUGAUAGGCGUUCUUCUCGCAAGCACGACUCGCAUCGUCGCAGUACUUCACGCUCCCCAGACUCGCACAGACGCAAGUCAUACCCCAGUCCGCGACGCUCAGAUUCGCGUUCUCCGUCUCGCAAGCAUAGAGAAAGAGACAGCAGACGACGUUCGCCCUCCCCUGUGCGAUCAAAGACAGUUCGAAGAUCUCCCUCGCCUAGACGUCGUGCAUCACCAAGCUACGAACCUUACAGCAAUCGCGGGCCCAGACCUACAAGAAAUGACAGAGACGACCGCCCACCUAGACCCUCCAGAGAUGAGAACCGCUCUAUGAGACAAGAACGGCCUGCUUCUCCUGAUCGUGAAGCAGAACGCUUGGCCAAAUUAGCAGCCAUGCAGUCUAACGCCACCGAGUUGGAGGCCGAUCGUAAGCAGCGUCUUGCCGAGCUAGAAGAGCGUGAUCGCAAACAAAAGGAAGAAGACGAUAGGAAGAGAAGCGAAAAGGGCAAAUUCGUUGGGCAACUAAGGAGUCAGGCCGAUAUGGGCGAGGGCGGCGGUUUGGGAGCCAGGCUGGCCGGUAGGACUGGGCUACAGGGGUUGGCUGCAGAUGAGUAG